CCUGUUUGAUGUCCAUACAUUCAUUCCAUCGUCAUCGAAAGUCGAAAUCGCCUUCAAAGUUCUUUGGUAGGUAAGUAUCCAGUAUCAACCAUCAGACUGCCAACGUAUUUCCUGGGAUUAAUUUGAGAACGCCCUCGUUUCAGCUCUUCUCACUCGCUCUAUCUUUCCCAUCGACAUGGAACACCACGAUCAUCCGUUCAUCGCGGCUUUGCCGCCUGAGAUGGAUUACAUCACUUAUCUGACACUCGUUGAACACAACUUGACCAAAGACAAUCUCCCAAUCCUUCACAUAGCUCUUCAAGACUCAAAAUUAACGGUUAACAUUGGUUGGGAUCUCGUCGCACUACUGAUUCCACUUCUACCGGAAUCACGAGAAUGUCUACAAGAUGUUGCCCAGCUCGGGAAUCCUCGAGAAGUGGUUUUGAAGGUCACCGAAGCCUUGCGUUUCCUAGACUUUGAUCUUGACAUUUCUGAACAUGAGGAUGAUGAUCAGCCAAAUACUGGCCCAUCGAGCGUCGAAGUCCCACCAAGUUCGUCGGCGACACAAGGAAUCCAGGAAACCGAAUCAGAGACUUCCGUUCCACUUCCAAUUCUACAGUUCGAAACUCUCUUAUCCAUGCUUUCUAUUCUGCAUCCUCGUCUCAAAACCAAGUUCCCUAGCAGGUUCCUUUCAGGGACGCUGCAAGCCAUUUUGGCGGCAUAUUCAAAAACCACCCCCAGACUAGACGAUACCACUGAAUCCGUCGUGAAGUUUGUCAAGACCUUGACUGGAACCAAAAGACCUCAUCUACCCCCAAGACGAAGUACCAGUGGGCUUCUGAUGGAGGUUACUGCAGCGGCUCCAGACCCCGAAGCCCAGGAGGAGUCUGUGGGAGAAAAAGAAAUUCAGAACCGUUUGAUUCAAUCCUUCAUGACCCACAUCUUGGAAGAAUACAUGCUAGCUCUUCACUUUGGGGACGUGGCUGGGAUGGCCUGGAGCAGUCGAGUACAGGAGAAACUCCUUCCGGAAACGAAAGUCAAAGGUCGGACCACCAUGAUCGAGCAAUUUGCCACCCAAGAGAAAUAUAAAGAAAAGGGUGCUGUUCUCGGUCAAUUGGUGGCCAUCUGCCAGGAUCUUGACAUCGACUUACCCGAACUCUGGCGGAUAGUAAAUAGCACGGAUCCCGAACCAACUGGCAAACCUGAAGAAGACGAUCCUCCAGAGUCGGCUGCAGACAUCCCCCUUUCCAAGAACGGCGCCCUGUUCCUUCUUACGGCCAAGAAAGUGGCGGAGAUUUUGUAUGAUAUCCGGAGCCCGUCCAUCCCCAAGUUUUCCAUCUUCCCGGAUCAUGCGAAAAUUUGCUCCAACUUCAUCGGAGUUGCGGGCAGGAAUACUGGCCUCGAGUCGGAGGCGUUGUUGGAUACGAUCCUCGCGCUUGCGAUAAUCGCCAUCGGAACAGGAAACGUCGGGGAACCGACCUCGGACGACGAGUUUUUGAACUAUCUCCAAGCCACGUCGUUGAUAUCGGCCAAUUCACCAAUUCCCCAACUCCGAGGCGUCGCACACUUCGUCACCUCGACGAUCCUCCGAUGUCACCCGCACGAUCUAUUGCGGUUAACAUUCAUUCAAGAUACCCUCCAGCAUUGCCCAUACGAGAAUCUCAAAGAAACUGCCGUCGGUUGGCUCAAAGGCGAAACCAUCGAGGCCAAUCUCGGUCUCGGCAUCCUAAACAUCAAACCGGGGCCAACAGAUACAGAGGAUGAUAACACCACCUCCAUAUUCGCGACUCCCGUCGCCCUUUCGUCAGUCGCCCCCUUCCUCUGGCCGAAAACCGAUCCCGCCGUCGACCGAACCCAACCCAAGGAAGCGUGGCUCCGUUUCCGCAUCAACCUGGGCUUCUACCUCGCCGCCCUCAACUUCUGGUACCUUAUCGUCACCGCACAACCCUUGCACGAGCCUCUCGGCAUCCGUGGACUCCAUGCCACCGUCCAAAACGGCUACCUCGAGCCGUUGGCCGCAUUGGUGGCAUCGUUCAAGAAAGGAUUGGACACCGGUGAAUUGUUGGAGAUGGAUGCCGAGCAGGCAAAGGCGGAGAUCUGUGACUUGUUGAUCGUGGAGGAUGCGCUUGAGAGGAUCAGGACGUCGACUAAGAAAGCUGGAUUCUAAGACGGGUCGUUCGGCCUAUUGAUGGCGCCUCUGCUAAGGCUGAUGUGUGGGUCGUUCGUAUCGGCAAAAUUGCUCGUAGCAGGUGGACAAUCGGUUGCCACUUAUGAGACAUGAAGGCGAAUGCUUCAAUCAUGACGUAGAGGUCAUCAAAAUACAAAUCCAUCUGUUUCCUAGCAGUACGGCGCAAAAUUUCUGGGACCCUGAUUCCAAUCACCGGGGUGUCCAGGAUUGAACCAAUCGUUGUUGAUAACAAU